AUGAUGUCACCAUCGAAAUCUCUUUGCGCGAUCUUGCUUGUCUUCAGCUUUCUCUUUAGUAGAGCGCAAGGAGGAGUCAUUGGUCAAGUAGUCUACGAUAGAGAAGUUAUCGGCUAUCGAACAGUUUCCCCACUGGAAGCCGCGAAGAUCAAUGAAAAGAACAAGCCAACUAGAGACUUAAUUUUCGGUCAGAUCCGCCAAUUUAAAAAUCAACUGGGGACCGGCUUCUCUCUGACACAAGUACCUGCCCUCUGGGAAGGUGAUCCAAGAGUCAAGAACUGGUACUGUGUUGUCGAAGCCGAUCGCGAGAAGAUGGAAGAGGCGCAAAAAGUAUACAUCCCAGAAUACUACGAAAAUACGUACCAAAAUGGUCGGCGCCAGGAAAUCCAAUUAUGGUUCGCAGGCGAUCGCUACAUCAUGGAAUACAUCUGGCAAUAUAUACGACAUAGUCAAGGUGGCGAGAAAGCGCUUCGCUUUUCAUAUAUCGCAUCCAAGGGCUACAACAUGCAGAUGGUCAUUCCAACUGAGGUGGUAAACAAAGACGAGUUGGAAUUAUGGUCUGAAUGCUUCAAAACAAAGGAGGAGCUAUUGGCAUAUUCGGACAAAACUGUCAAUUGGGACAGUUGGAAUAUCAAGGGAGAGAUUGGAUUACCGAGUCCUGAAGCUUUGGUUCCAUCAUGGAUCAAUGACGCCUAG